AUGCCUCCGUCCAGCAGCCUACAACAACAGGCCACCAGUGAGCAAAAGGCUGGCAGCCUGUGCGACGGUGAUGCCAUUUCCGUUGGUUCCCCCAGCAGUGGCACGGCCGAGAAGCCCUCGGACGAACCAGCCGUUCCGUUUACAGAAGGAGAUAUCGAGAAGCCUCCUUUCGUCUUUACAACGCAAGCCAAUGGAGAAGAAGAGGCUUUCGAUGAGAACGACCCCAGACUGCAGGAUAUUCCGGCCUACGUGCGCCGUAUUGUUUCGUUGCAUGACGACCCUGAACUGCCGUGCCUCACAUUUCGGUACUUCUUACUCACAAUCGUUUUUGUCAUUCCCGGAGCUUUCUUGUCGAUGAUGAGCCACUUCCGCACGACCUACGCGCCUUACUCCGUCUUUUUUGUACAAAUCGCGUCGAGCUACGUUGGGGUAUGGCUCGCCAAGGUCCUACCAGCUUGGGAAGUCAAAAUCCCCUGGACAAGGUUCAGCUUCAACCUCAAUCCAGGUCCCUUCAGCGUCAAAGAACACGUUCUGGUUACCAUUUCCGCGGCUUCAGGGGCCACUUACAAUCUCGGAUAUACUCCAGUAGCAAUGGCUGAGCUGUACUUCAAUUCUCGGAUUCAUCCUGCUGCGGCAAUCUUUUUCAUGUGGGGGAUUGUCUGGACCGGAUACUCGUUCGCCGCGUUGGCAAGACAGUUUCUGAUAUACGACCCCCAGUUCCCGUGGUUCACGGCUCUUUGCCAGACCGCCCUUUUCGAAACGCAGAAGAAGCAGCGCGAAAACCCGACAGCUUCGUCCCGAAAGCAGACUAAGGUGUUCUUCUGGGCUCUUCUCGGCAUGACGUUAUGGCAGUUCCUCCCGGAAUACGUUUUCCCCAUGCUAGGCUCUUUGGCAUUCCUCUGCUGGGUUGCACCAAACAACUCCGUGGCGAAUUUCGUCGGCGCCGGCUUCGGUGGAAUGGGUUUCUUGAACAUCUCGUUGGACUGGUCCAAUAUCUCGACGAACGGAAGCUUGUUUCUAACCCCGUGGUGGACGCAAGUCGUGAUGUUUGCCGGUUUUGUGUUCAGCGUCUGGGUCUUGAUCCCGGCUGCUAAAUACGGUAACCUGGGAGAAUGGCAUGGGCAUUUGAUGUCAAACCGGCUGUUCCUCGAGAACGGGACAUCUUAUCCCAUUACCCAGCUCCUGACCCCUGAUGUUUCCUUCAACGAAACGGCAUACCAGGAAUUCGGCCCUCCUUUCGUUAGCACUCACGUGCUUUGGACUAUGUUCUUUGACUAUGCUGCGUAUACGUCUGCCAUCGUUUGGGCUGGUCUCUUUGGGUACAAAACCAUCAGGAGCAGCUUCCAGAAGAUGAUGCAGCGUAUGAAGAAUGGUUCCCAGAUCAGUUCACAGUACAACGACCAGCUCAGUAUUCUGCAGCGAGCUUACAACGAGGUCCCACUGUGGUGGUUUUUGGCGCUCUUUGCAGCAUCAUUUGUCUCGCUUGUCACCAUCACAGCUACCGGCAACAUGUUCAUCCCAGUGUGGACCUACUUUGUUGCCAUUGCAACGGGUGCCUUUCUCGUUGUGCCGUUAGGCUGGCUAUACGCUCUCAGCAACUUUCAGUUGGCCAUUGGAACGGUCAAUGAACUUCUAUACGGCUUGAUGGUCAACUCGGUCAGCGGUUUCAAGAAUCCCACUGGUGCCUCUGCUUACGGAGCUAUUGCCGGUAAUGCAUGGUACCGUGCCCAGCUGAACCUACAAGAUAUGAAGAUCGGCCACUAUAUGCAUAUCCCUCCGAAGGCUGUGUUUUUCUCCCAGGUUUUCGGGUCCUUCCUAGGCGUGCCCAUCAACUAUGCUGUCGUCAGAUGGGUCCUUGACACCAAGUUUGACUACCUAACGGGAGCAAAAGAGGAUCCCGCCCAUCAAUGGACAGCCCAGUCUCUCACAUCGAACCUGACGAUGGGUGUUCAGUAUGUUCUCAUUGGCCCGCGCCGACUCUUCGAGCAGCACAUUUACAAGGUUCUCCCUUAUGGCUUCCUUGUUGGUGCAUUCGCGCCUAUUUUGGUCUACGGACUCCACCGACUUUUCCCGCGUGCUAAGUUCCAGCUAUGGAACUCGACUAUCUUCUUCUCAGCUAUGUCCAGCUUCUACGGCAACAUUAGCACCGGAUACUUCAGCAGCUUCAUCGGCGGCUUUGUUGUGAUGUUCUGGGCUUACCGUUAUCGCUACGACGUAUGGGCUAGAUGGAACUACAUCCUAGCCGCCGCAUUUGAUGCAGGUUUCAACUUCAACAUGCUGCUGACUUUCUUGUUUUUCGGCGCUGGAAAGAUCGUCACUAUGCCACACUGGUGGGGUAACGAGGCAUCCAGCUCCGAGAGAUGUUUUGCGCUUGAGUAA